AUAUAGGAAAAAAAAUGGACACGAUACUGCAGAUUUUGGGCGAGCAUAAAAUUUUGCUAGAUCGCAUUGGUUCCCAAAACUCGAUUGUGCAAAACAUUAUGGCCAUCUUCCCAAUAAACACGGACGAAAGUCUAAAGCAAUUAGAAGACUUAUUAGCAACUCAGUCAGACCCAUAUAUUCGCCAAAUGAAAAAUCUCAUUGGUGGCAACGUCGCACGCAAUUUACACCUUGUAUUUGGGAAAUCUAUUAUAAUGAAUUACAAUGUGGAUGGAACUUUUGGCAAGAAAAGUUUAUCUAAAUAUGGAAAAGUCCAUGCAGCAAUAAUAGAUGUAAUAUCAACGUACGACAAGUGUGCAGACAAGGCUCUAAGAACAGCUUUUCAACGUCAAAAAAAGAAAUUCUUUAAAGAAAACAGCCGCAGGAAUGCAGAAAUAAAUGAUAAGACCAAAGAAAAUGAAUUUAAUUAAUUUAAUCUUUAUGUACAUAUAUAUUUUUGCCUUGUGUUUUUUCUAUUG